UUUGUUCUUCAUCUCCUUCAUCUUCUCAGCAUGUUAUACACACAAAUACAGUAAUUUUACAAUGUGCACCUUUUAAAUUCCAAUUUCUUUUUUGUGUAUGUAUACUUGUAUUUCGUCAGUGCUAAUGCCAUUAGUCAUCAGUCCGACAUGGCACUAUUCCUCAAUCCUCAUUGCAAAGACGCUUUAAGAAGGUGUAAGUUGGCUUUCCUUUUUCUUGAAAGUGUGUCCGUUGGAAUAUGUUCUCACUCCCUUCGUGAUUCCAGAUAAACAUGAAGGAUAUAGGACUAGACCACCUAUUUUUUGAGCUAAUUUCACUAGCCUCUAUGUUAGAAUAACGAUGGCACGGUGACCUUCAAAUUUUGGAUUUACCUCUCAUCCGGCUUGUGGUCCCCACGCACCUUUUCUUUGCUUUAAUCUUUCCUUGGUUGUUUUCUUCUUUAUAUAACUGCCCCUUGAAUUAUUACUGUGAUGUUAUAGAAACGUAGACAUUUGUUAUACUUGAAUCUGUCAAUCACUUAAAUGCGUCAGCUAUAGGAUCAUUGCUUACGAAAUUUAGCCUCUACACACUCGGAACUGAUAUGUAUAAAACGCACAUCUGUUUUUUAGAACUACACUGCCCUGAGUUCUGAACUCUACAAUUCUCUGUUUAUUCCAACUUUUCGGCCAUGGAGAAUCUCUACUACUUAGCUACUACCUUGGUAUUUUUUGUUACCAUCUUUUUAAUGAAACAUUUUCUUUAUCCAAGAAAACAUUUACCACCUAGUCCUCUUUCACUUCCAAUAAUUGGCCAUCUUUACCUUAUCAAAAAUUCAUUUCACCAGACAUUAACCUCAUUAUCAACUAAAUAUGGACCGGUUCUGUAUCUCCGGUUAGGCUGUCGAAAUUUGCUUGUUGUGUCUUCUCCAUCCGCCGUGGAGGAAUGCUUCACAAAAAACGAUAUCGUAUUUGCAAAUCGUCCUCAGACUAUGACUGGAGAUAAGUUUUCCUUCAAUUAUAAGACCGUUAUUUGGGCUUCCUAUGGCUAUCUCUGGAGGGCGCUUCGCCGUCUAAUGGUAAUUGAGAUCUUUUCUUCUAAUAGCCUUCAAAAGUCUUCUGCAUUGAGGAGUGAAGAAAUUAGAAUUCUUAUUCGCGGUUUGUUUAAAGCUAGUUGUAAUAAGAAUGGUAGUAGUGGUGCGAAGAUUAACUUGAGUAAUUGGGUUUUUACUUUUGCGUUUAAUGUUAUGAUGAGAAGUGGUACUGGGAAACCUUGCGUAAUUGAGGAAGAGAUAGGAACAGAGAAAGGUAAACAGAUCAUUGAAGAGAUAAAAGGAUUUUUCUUCGCAACGUUGGUGGUUUUGAACGUGUGUGAUUUCUUGCCAGUGUUGAAAUGGUUUGUACUUAAGUGGGUUGGAUUUCAAGGAUUGGAGAAGAAUUUGGUGGAGUUAAAGAAGAGAAGAGAUAAAUUUCUUCAGGGCCUAAUUGAUGAAUGUCGAAAGAGCAGAGCUGAUGAUUUAUCUUUGGCUGCCCAUAGGAAAACAAUUAUUCACACAUUAUUGUCUUUGCAGAGAGACCAGCCAGAAUGUUACACAGAUGAUAUUAUUAAGGGUGUCAUAAUGGUAAUGUUCACUGCUGGAACACAUACAUCAGCUGUAACCAUGGAGUGGGCAAUGUCACUGUUAUUAAAUCAUCCAGAGGAAAUGAAAAAGGCACGACUCGAAAUCGACAGCCUUAUCGGAGUAGGGCGUUUGUUAGAGGAACCGGACAUCCUUAAAUUACCAUAUUUGCGUUGCAUAAUCAACGAAACAUUAAGGUUAUUUCCUGCUGGAGCACUUUUAGUCCCACAUUUUUCAUCACAAGAUUGUACAAUUGAAGGUUACCAUAUUCCUAAAGGUACAAUAUUAUUUGUCAAUGUAUGGGAAAUUCAAAGGGAUAGUAAACUUUGGGAAGAACCAAAUGAGUUUAAGCCAGAGAGAUUUGAAGGGGAAAUUGAAGGGUGUAAGUUUAUACCAUUUGGUAUGGGAAGAAGGGCUUGUCCUGGUUCUGGACUUGCCAUGAGAUUAAUUGGUUUGGUUUUGGGCUUAUUUAUUCAGUGUUUUGAGUGGGAAAGAAUUGGGCCUGAAUUAUUGGGCUUAGAUGAAAGUUGUGGGAUGAUGUUAAGUAAACUUGAGCCUUUGGAGGCAUUGUACAGGCCAAGAGAAUCCAUGGCCACACUCCUUUCUCAACUUUGAGUUUAAUAUGAGCUAGUACAACUUUA